AUGGUAAAUUCUAACAUAGACAGGCCUCCUAAUUUGGAAGGUUCUUUAGUAUUGAAUAGUUCAUUAUCACACACACUGCUGGCUGAAGAAACAGCUCUUCAAUCUCUAGAUGACAAAAAGCAAGAGGGUGUGGGAGACAAAUAUGGGUUGAGAAGAAGUAAGAAGAGAGAUGCAAAGCUAAAGAGGGUUGAAGCAAGUCUUGCUGGCGCCAGAGCUUUGAUCAGAAAUGCUAUGAUUAAUCAGAACCGUUCAUCGCCUCUUCAAGAUUCAGAUUAUGUUCCAAAUGGGGACAUCUAUAGAAAUGCUUAUGCUUUCCACAGGAGUUACAAGUCAAUGGAAAGGAUGUUCAAGAUAUAUGUGUAUGAAGAGGGAGAGCCACCAAUAUUCCACAAUGGACCUUGCAAGGACAUAUACUCCAUGGAAGGACUCUUCCUAAGCUUCAUGGAGUCCAACACUCACUUUCGAACCCGCAAUCCCGAUCUAGCUCAUGUUUAUUUUCUCCCCUUCAGUGUGGUGAUGAUCAUCGAAACCUUAUUCGAUCCAAUUAUCGGGGACAAGGCUGUCCUGAAACGCACUGUUGGUGAUUAUGUUCGUCUCGUUUCUAGCAAGUACCCAUAUUGGAACAGAAGCCUUGGAGCUGAUCAUUUCAUGCUUUCUUGCCAUGAUUGGGGGCCGCUAGCAACACGGUAUGUUCCUCAAUUAUACUUCACCUCAAUCAGGGUACUCUGCAAUGCAAACACCUCCGAGCACUUCAAUCCAAAGAAAGAUGCAUCAUUUCCAGAAAUCAACCUCAAAACAGGUGAAAUUGAGGGACUCACAGGGGGAUUGCCUCCCUCCAACCGCACAGUCCUAGCCUUCUUCGCAGGUGGUGCACACGGUCUCAUUAGAUCUACAUUCCUCAAACACUGGAAAGAAAAAGAUGAACAAUUACUUGUCUACGAAACUCUCCCCGAGGGAAUGUCUUACCCUGACAUGAUGAAGAAGAGCAGGUACUGCAUUUGCCCAAGCGGGUGGGAAGUGGCGAGUCCAAGAAUCGUGGAGGCGAUUUACGCAGAGUGUGUACCGGUUUUGAUCUCACAGCACUAUGUCCUGCCGUUCAGUGAUGUCCUGGAUUGGAACUCAUUCUCGGUCGAGGUUUCAGUCAGUGACAUACCCAACCUGAAGAAAAUUCUUUUGGGAAUACCUGAGGACCGGUAUCUGAGACUGCGGGAGGGAGUCAAGCAAGUGCAGAGGCAUUUUCUAGUGAACGAUCCUCCGAAGAGAUAUGAUGUGUUCCACAUGAUAAUUCACUCGAUCUGGCUUAGGAGAUUGAAUGUUCUUGUUUAUAGUUGAUUGAUCAAACAUUCAAUUGUCAAGAAUACAAAAUAGUUUUUUGUAACAUCAAGAUUAGGAUUUAUCAUUUCAAAUUAGUUAAAACUUUUCAGAAAAAAAUGUUGUAGUACGAAUGCAACAUUGCUAUGUAAGAACAACCAUUUAAAGAGAGCCGGGCUUUCUAUUUCUUAUUUCUUGAUUGUUUUUUGACAA